AUGGAGCUGGCGGUGGAUCUGGUGGUAGAGCAUUUCAUCGAGGAGGUUGUCGGCGUCGAUCGCCAGCCCGUGGAGGCGGCGCAGGGAGCCGAGCAGGGCCUCGCUACGCGCCCUGGGCACGCGCUCCUGGGCCGCGGAGAGGACGAGGUGGAGGCCUUGCAGGCGGGAGCGGAGCCUGUGGAUGUCGCCUCCGGGGUCGGGGUCGGCCGCGCGCGCGGCGGCUCAGGCAGCGUCGAUGCCGUCGACGACGAGCUUCUCCAGCACAACCUGGACCAGCCAGGAUGCUGCGCCCACGACGUCCAUGGUUGCACGGCGGCAGCUGCAGCGGUGGAAGAGAGAGAGAGAAGAGAACCAAGCCAAAACCAGCCGACAAAUACAAGGCCGAGCUGUCAACAGUCUCAGUGGAACCCCCCUCUGUCUCUCUCUCUCUCUCUCUCUCCCGCCGGAGAAAUCCAAGGGUGCCAAAGCGGUGCUCUGGCCCGCGUCGCGGCAACGGUGAAGGGGAGGUUUCUUGGCGCGUGCUUGCUCCUGCUUGCGGCGGCGGCGGCGGUGCUGGCCCACGGCGAGGGCGAGGAGGGGAAGCGGGGCGUCCGCCUGCUGGACGCGGGGAGGCUGGAGAAGUUCGUGGACGAGCUGCCGGACAUGCCCCUGCUGCGCGGGUACGGCGUGGGGGAGGGCGGGAACCUCGUCGCGGGCGAGCUCGCCGUCGGCAUGUACGACACCACAUGGAAAUUCCACCGCGACCUACCGGCGACGCGAGUGUUCGCCUACGGCGCGAGCAGGGAGACGGCCACCCACACCCCUCUCCACAUUUGCAAAUAAGGCCUUCCCUCGUUCAUCCUUUUUCUCUCACGGGAUAAACUACUCAUAC